GUGCAGUAGGACUGUUCCGGUGGGACUGGGCUGAAUGAGUCGGUAAAUGUAAACAGAAUCCUCGGGGUUGUUUGUGGGUGUAGUCCGGUGGGUUUUCCUCCUGGUGGUCCUCGGUCAGUCUGUAGAAGUUUUGUGACGGGGUUGUGAAGUGGAGCUCGGUGUUUGUGGGCUGGUGUUGGCCGGUUGGAGGCCACCAGGAGCGGGUUUAAACAGACCAUGUCCCAGCCCGAGGAGGAGCCGGAGCAGCGGGGCGGAGACCCCGAGCCGAACCCGGAGCUCAACGGCUCCACGGUGAACCCAAGGGCGGUCUGUAAUGUGUGUAAACGCCUUUUCCGGGAGCCCAAGAUCCUGCCCUGUCUGCACACCUUCUGCUCGGACUGUAUCGGCCAGCUGGAGCCGUUCUCCGUGUCUCCCGGGGCAGGGGCCGGGGCGGACCGGGGCCGGGCGGUGGUGGUCACGGUGCUUUGUCCAGGCUGUGACUCCGAGGUGGACCUCCCCCCCUCGGGUCCGGCCGGGCUCAGCACCGACCACCUGGCGCUGGAUGAGGUGUUCCUGGAGACCCUGGCGUCAGACGGCCCUCUGGGAUGUGACCUCUGCGGGGAAGGAGGAGCCGAGAGCCGGUGUGAGGUCUGCGGGGUCAACCUGUGUGGGUUCUGCUGCCAGGCACACAGGCGACAGAAGCGAACGGCGUCCCACUCCGUUCAGGGUCUGGAUGAGCUGAAGUCUCGGGGCCGCCUGUGUCGUCCCAUCCUCUGCUGCGUCCAUCCAGGCCAGGAGCUCCGCCUCUUCUGCCAGCCAUGUGACCUGCCCGUCUGCCUUGAAUGUGCCGCCACGCUGCACCGCGACCACCGCUGCUGCCCCACAAGUGAUGUCAUCGAUUGUCACGGAGACCGCAUCCGAGAGCUGAUCACAGUCCGCCUGCGACCUCGUCUGGAGCGGCUGGAGGAGUCACUGCAGAAGGUGGACGAAUCCCAGGAACUGUUGCAGGCACGGGUUGAUGCAACAGCUAAUGAUAUUAGGGCGUUCGCACGAGGUUACGCUAGCGCCGUGGAAGCCCACUGUGUGUCUCUGCUACGCCGUCUGGAGGAGCUCCGCAUCCACCGCAGGAAUCAGCUCCACGUGCAGAGGGCGCAGCUUCGACAGGCGCUGUUGGACAUCCGAGGUGGGGUGGAGUUUGCGGAACGGCUGCUAAGCUGUGGCUCAGACGCUGAAAUCCUGAGCGCUAAAGGAGUGACCCUGGGAAGACUGACCAGCCUGUCAGAGAGCAGCUUGGACCCAAACCUGGCAACAGUCGCCCCCGACGAUGGCAGCAGCAUCUGCUUCAUGCCCAGAGAAGCGGCCGGAGAGGUGGAGGGGUACCCAGUGGUCGGCAUCAUCCACUCCAAGACGAUAGACCUCAGCAAGUGCACCAUCGAAGGAGAAGGUCUGCAGCGUGGCAUUGUGGGUCAGCCAGGCCACUUCACCCUGGUUUGCAGAGAUUCAGCUGGAGAACAACUGACUCGAGGGGGGGAACACAUCCUGAUCAGCAUCGCUCACAAAGAGAAGAGGAACUGCACUAUAGAGGCAACAGUGACUGACAACAGCGAUGGGUCCUACAGUGUUUCCUACACAGCUGAAGAACCUGGAUCCUACUCUGUGUGGGUUUGUGUCAAAACUCAACAUGUCAAGGGUUCUCCGUUCAUCUUGAAUGUGAAGAGGAAGAUGAGGCGUCACAGUGGGACCUUCCACUGCUGCUCCUUCUGCUCCAGUGGAGGAGCUAAAGACGCUCGCUGUGGCUGCGCAGGAACGAUGCCAGGUGGAUUCAAAGGUUGUGGACAUGGGCAUAAGGGACACCCUGGAAAACCCCACUGGUCGUGUUGCGGCAGCACCGUGGAGAAGUCGGAGUGUUUACCCGAGAGCGUGGUCGCCGCCGUGUCCCCUCGUGGACAUCUGCGGACCGUGGAGCUCUGAAGGGACACGCAGAUCAGAUGACGAUGCAAGUUAAGGCACUGUCACUCCUUGACGAUUCAGGCAGAGGAUGCAGACGUAUCAAAAUGUGUCUAAAACACUGGCAUAAGCUGAACUAUCGAUGUUUUAAUUUUUUAAAAUUUUGGGCGUAUACGUUGCUUACAUAGAACGUUUCAGUAACUUAACCAAAGUCAGCGUGUUGUCCGUGUUGUAGUCAAUAAAAAGGCUGUUGCGACAAUUCACGUCAUAACUGCAUUAGACAUCGCAGUAUCAGCGUCACUGUUGAACAAAACUCCGAAAAACACUACUAAGAAGUCUUCUGGAUGUGGGUGUUUAGCAAGGAGGAUCCGUCAUCACCCUCAGGCUCUGAUGUAGAGGAUGUUGAGGAGUACUGAUGGAUUCCUCCUGUCAACCUUAUUUUUAUGUAGUCCACCAGGCGGCUCUGGAGAUGCAUUUGACUCUUUCAUCCUUCUGCUGCGACUCCCUGUGGCUUUGGAAAAUUAAUAAUCAAUAUUUAAUUGAAAUUUAUUUUAUUUUACUGCCUUAGUUUUUUUAAAUGUAAUCCUAAAUUCAAAGAUUAUGGUAAUAUUAAGUAUUACAGGUAUUAUCUCCUGCUACACAGCAAAGUCCGGUUACUGUCCAGAGGGGAGGUGCUGAAACACUUUGCUAUGGGUCUAGAAAAGGUGAAAAGAGGUCAUCCAGAACAUGUCAAAUAAGUCUACAUACAUCAAUAUGCACUGGAGAUAAGUUUGAUAUGAGUUAUUUAUACGCUAGAUAUUAUCUCAGCGUAUUUCGACUUACGAGUAAUUUACAAAUAACCUGAGUCAUGAUCGCAUAACUUACCUACAACUUAAUGGCUAUCGUGUAGCUGGGUUUCCAUUACCCUCAGAAAUGUGCAGAAUGUAAAUUGCGCAAUAGAAAAGUGAUAAUUAAAACACCGAAAUGUCACAAAAACUGUCAAAGAUCACAUAAAAGAUUUUACACCCUCAUGAGGUGUUUUUUGAGACAUUUAGAAUAUAUAUAUAGAAGUAUAGCGCAAAAGUAUAAUGGAGACACAUUUUGCGUGUUUUCACCCAUCUGUGCACGGUGGUUUUGCUCAGGCCAAACGUCUCCCCUCUGACCCUGUACUCAGAACAGGUGCUUCUAGUUUGUGUCGGACAAUAGACACUGGCUUCUGUGUAGGAACUGCUUCCCGAGGGCAUGAGCAGUCUGGUGCCACAAGAGGUUCAAUAGCAUCACAUAGUUCAUUAAACAUUGCCUGGGUCAUUCAGAAAUUCUGGAUCCACAACUCAUUGGUGAAUUCCUGAUGUACAAUUCUCUCCCAGAAAUCCAUUCU